AUGCCCCCCUCCACCGUUUUCUCUUACUGGCGUCGCGAUCAUCGCCGAUCCAGUGCCUCGCCCCCCUCCAAACCCAGCAAUUCUCCCCAACUGCCCCUGAUCCCGACCACCACCGCUUCCAUUCCUGCAGCCUCAUCCUCGGGCGAAAUCGUGAACCUCCGAACCCAGUCCCAAACCCCUCCGCCGAGCGACUCGCCCAAUCUCGACGCCACCAAACGAAACGUCACCAUCUCCGUCGUCCCCGCCGUGCCCGCCUCAGAAAACCAACCCCGACCGCACUCCUGCCCCGAGGAGCACGACCCAGCCAUCACCACCUCCCAGUCCAACUCCUCCUUCCGCCUCUCCCUGGGCAAAGGUCUGCUCCACUCCCACCAUCUGUCCUCCGACGGCUCCUCCGCCUCGUCCAAACGAUCCUCCACCCCCGGACUCUCCUCCUCCGGCCAUUUCCGUUUCAGAACCUCCCCCGAUAGCUCCCCCGCCGACAAGACGACCCCGUCGCAGAAGGACUACAGCAAAUAUGAAGCCGCCACCAGCCGCCGCCAUGGCGACCGCGACCCGUCUACAGAACCCCCGCACCACAGAUCCGGCAAGACCCGGCUGCAUCUGCUGAACCCCAUGUCGCUGCUGGCCCGCAGGCGCUCGUCCCAAUUGACCAGCCUGCGCAUGGAGGAGCCGAGCAAGAGCACCCGCAACAUGGUCCCCGCCAUCCCGGACGACUAUGAUCCGCGCAUCCGAGGGAAGAUCGUUCACGACUUCUCCGCGCCGCGCACACGACGAAACCUGUCCGUCGCGCCGGUGCUGCGGCGGGGCCACGAUCCAUCCGGCUCGGAUGCUGUCUACAAUGGGGACGGGGGUGCGGGCGGUCAGGACCAGGUGGACAGGAGGCGACAGACGGAGUAUUCCCCCGUGUUCAGGGAGCAUUUUGACGACGAUCAGAAGGUGCUGCAGGUGGAGAAGAAAGCGUAUCUGCAGUCCGCCUUGCUGACGGACCCCACGAACGUCGACAGCGAUCCGACUGCGCUUCCGGUGUUUGCAAGGAGGCUGCCCUCGAAGCUGCCAGAGGAGGCUGCGUCGGAAUCGCCGCCUAAACAGGACAUUCGGCCUGCCCCGUCGGUUCCUGCGCCGCCGACUGUCCAGGAGGCCGAUACCAUCGAGGUCAUACCGCACCAACCAACCGGCCUGCCCAAGCAUCUCAAGAGUAAUGCCUCGCGAUUCAGCUUUGACAUGAAUGGCGUCGAGUCCUCCGCCCAGGAGAAGCUUUUGGAGGAGAAGCACAAGGAGAAGGAGGCUGCGAGAAGGGCCAAGGCGCGCAUGGAGGGCGAGGAGUUCAGCGAUGAUGAUUAUGACGACCUGCUGGACGAUCUGGAUGGGUUUGAGGAGAAGAUCCCCGGCGUCAAUGUCGAUGCGGACGACGACGGGUUUGCCGACUUCUCCGGCCCGGGCCCUGCUCUCAACCGGUCCUGGAUUGCCCCGGGCCUUUCUCCGAUCAUUGCUAGUCCGCUUCCCCCCGGGGUGUCUAAUUCUCAGGAGCCUCAGGUCGGUCUGAGCUCGGGGGAUCCUGCUCCUUUACCCGAGAGUGAAAUGCCCCCUGAGACUGGUGACUACUUCCAGUCAUUCCCAGCAGCCGCCCCUUUCUCUUUGAAUUUGCCAGCAGGAGGUGCACCGCCAACAUCGCAACCGCCGGUGGACGACGAUGACUUGUAUUUCGAUGAUGGCGAGUUUGGGGAUCUCACGACCGAUGACGCGGGCGAGAAAUUCGAUGAGUCGAUCUUCGACGAUGAGACGAGUCACCUGUAUGAGCGAAAGACGGUCCAGCGCCCUCCCCAACCGACUGGUGACUCGCUGGACAUCGUUACUGAACACGAAGAGCUAGCACCAGAGCCGGGCUAUGAGGGAGGACUGCGGCAUGUUCCCAGCAUGGCCAGUGACUACCGCCGGGGAUCGAUCCGCAAUUACGCUCCCACCCUGGAAAGUCUUUCCAGUCUGGGGGCUGCCAAGGCGCAUGGCGGCGUGCUGUCGGAGCACAACCUGGAAGCGUUCCACAACGCACUGGCCCAAGCGGCCAACAGUGCCGCCACCAGCGACCGGUUCGGACACACUGCCAGCAUCAGCGAGCGGUCCCUGGGCCAAGACAGCGCCGCCCAGACCAUGGACACCCCCUCCGGACUCAUCUCGGACGACAGCCACCUGAGCCAGACCGUCGACAUGGUCGGCUUCGACGAGGUGUUCGAGGACUUUAGCUACGACGACAACGACGCCACUUUCUUCGACGACCCCAUCAUCGCCGCCGCCAACGCGGAGGCCCUGGAGAACGACGACGAGGGCAUAUAUGGCCAUGAAUUUGGCUUCUACGCCCAGGCCCAUGGCGGCUGCAACGGGGAACUCACCAACGGCGGCUACUUCGGUCCGCGAGGCAAAGAGGGCCUCACCCGCAGCUUCAGCAGCCGAGGCAAAUUCUGCGAGCCCAGUCUGACCCCCAUCACGGAGCGCAGCGAAUGGAGUACGCGCAACUCGGUGAUCUCGCUGACCGCGCACGGGGCCGCCCAUUCGCGCCCGCUGUCCAGCCCGGGACUGGCCCAUCUCGUCGACCUCGGGGCCAUGGAUGACGAGAUGACGCUGAGCGCCUUGAUGAAACUGCGCCGCGGUGCCUGGGGCGGCAGCAACGGCAGUCUCCGCAGCAGCAGCGGCAGUCCCCCGCCGCAUCUGCACACGUCGUCGAACCGCGCGAGCUUCAUCUCCGAUGCCAGCCCGACGGUAUACACCGCCCCUCCGGACGUGUUUGGGCAGACGGAGUCGCCCAUCCGGGAGACGGACAACAACAACAACAACAAUAACAAUACCAAGCUCAAAUGGCCGCAGAGCGCGACCGAUCAGCGGGUGGGUCCCCGAAGUGCGGGUGAC